UCUUGUAUACAAAAGCAGUCCGAGCCAAGCUAAUCUAUUAUUUAUUUACGUUAACUUUCCUAUUUAACGCGUUCUCUAUUCUCGUUUGGAACAGAUCUCCGCGUUUCAUUAUAAAGUGAGUGUAUCAAUUUUCACAUAGCGUUUCACUCAAUAUGUUCCAUAAAGACCGUCCUUCCGGGUUACUUCCAUGUAGGAAUUCUGUGUUUACAACUUCCACGCUAAUGUACGGUUACGAAGGAUUACAGAUUGACUUAUGACUGAAAUUUAGGCGUGAUCUCUAAUUUCCACGCCCGAUUGUUCGACGGGCAAGCAAUUUAUAGCUUCUUGGCUCUGUUUACAAGUUGUAUCCAAGUUUUAUGCUCGUCAUCCUUUAAUUAUAACGUUUCUGGUUUGCCGCGGACGCCUUUAUUAGCUUGGUUCAUGUAUGCUUUUAAUGAUAUUACUUUUAAGUCGUUAAGUAUUACAAUAGGUAGUGUCUCGCCAUGCAGCGCGCGGGUGGGAGCAGGGCCUGUGCGCCAUGAGCCACACUCCUAUAGGCGGCCACCCGCAAGGUUGGGAGCACAAGCUUGCAGACAGGUCGUCGCUGCCGCCGGCGCCGGGGGAGGAGAAGAGCAAAUCUCAGCCCAGACAUGUGUUCACACAGCCACAUCUCUCUAAGGCGGGUAUGGCGUCGUGGCGCGAGGAGACGGAAGGCUCUUCGGGCAGCUCGGCGCGCUCGCCCGCCUCGCCGCCCUAUCUGCGCUGGGCGCGGACCCUGCACCACCUGCUCGAGGACGCGGAAGGAGUGCGCCUAUUCCGCAAGUUCGUGUCAGGCGCGGGCGGGCUGCACGUGGACCGCCUCAACUUCUACUUCGCCGUGCAGGGCCUGCGCCAGGAGACCGAGCCCGCCAAGAUACGGCAGGUCGUCUCCGCGAUAUACAAGUUUCUGCGCAAGUCUCAGCUAGCGAUGCCCGAAGAGUUAAAGCAGCGCGUGAAGCAGGGCCUCAAGGAUGGCGCCAAUAUCGAGAAGACCAUCUUCGAUAAUAUGGAGCAAGAGGUGACUCGUGCGAUAACAGAGUCAACGUACCAGUCGUUCCUGCGUUCGGACGCGUACGUGUCAUACGUGAGUGCGGCGACGCAGCCACUGUCUUCGCCCGACGCAUCGCCACCGCACUCGAGAGAAAUGUGCGGCGGUGGGCUGGCCACGCUGCACGAGGGGCAGGAGCUGUCGUCCAGCAGCGGAGUGAGCGCGGGUGCGGUGGGCGUGGUGGGCGCGGUGGGCGCGCGCCUCACGCACGACGCGCUCAUCGCCACGCAGUCGCGCCGCCUGCACUCCGACGUCGCGCCGCACCGCAAGCGGUCAGUGUACAGUGCUCACGUGUCGUACGCCGGCUACACGCCCGCCUCGCGGCAAGACUCCGAGCGCGCCAGUCUCAGCAGCGGCCGCACCGACAGCGAUGCGGUGUCUCUCUCUGGCAGCAGUGUCGAUGGGAUGUCGUUGCGCGGCGUGCGCGAGAGCCGCGAGUCGCGUCACCGGCCGCGGCUGUACGGGCUCGAUCGAACCGUCAUCAACAAGGAGCAGGACACUGCCAUGAUGAUACCGCGAACGCAACGCGUUCAGUCGGAGCAGCUUCGCGUGCUGCCACCGGCGGAGUUCGCGCCGCUUCUUAUUGAGAAACUGGAGAGAGUCAAGCGCGAACAGGAGAAUAAGGAGAGAUUAGAGAGGAGGUUGGCUGAGGGUGAAGGUGACGAGGUGAUGGCGCAGGCGUUACCGCCGCAGCUGGUGGCGGCGGCCAUCCGCGAGAAGCUGCAGCUCGACGACGACAACGAUCAGGACAUUCUUGAUCAACACGUAUCGCGAGUCUGGUCGGAGCGGACGCCCGGGGCAUCCCCACCGGGUGGGCGCAGGACGCGCGUGCGGCACGGCAUGCACGUGCACGGCUCACGGCGCGCCCCGUCCGCACUGUCGGCUGACUCCGGCCACUACGACGGCCCGCCCGACUCGCUGCACCAUCCGCACUCGCUCUCACGCAGAUCAUUUUCCAAGAAGACAGUAACAGAGUUGACUGACAGCGGCGUGUCAGUGGUGAGCGAGGGGACCACCAGCGCGGCGGGAGUCGAGCCUCGCAUCCUGCUGUGGAUCGCGGAGGGCUCAGAGCGGAUGGAGCGCCGCAACUACCGCGAGUCGUCGCGCGGCUCCUCCGCGGACCGGGACGAGCAUCGCAGGCGGGACAAGCAGCAGAGGAGUCGUGGUGGUGCCGCGACUGGUGGCAGUACCGGCAGCAAGUCGAGCGGCGCGAGCGGUGGCGGCGGUGGCUCCUCCCACCCCACGAGUGGCGACGCCCACACGGUAGUGGUGGUGAGCUUCCUGGACGAGAGCGUACCGUACCGGUUCAAGGUGCCCGCGUCGCCGCUCACACUGCGCGUGUUCAAGGACUACCUGCCCAGGAAGGGCAACUAUAGAUACUUCUUCAAAACGGAGUGCGCGGACCUCGACAACACUGUCAUACAAGAAGAGGUCAGUAAUGACAACGACACACUGCCGAUGUUCGAGGGCAAGGUCAUGGCGCGGGUCAAGAGCAUAGAAUGAGACUCGCCCCAAGCUCUCCUCAGUCCGACGACUAACGUAGCUCUGACCGCUGCCGGCUCCUGCACCUCACUUCACUCAUUCACCUGGGGCUCACCUGACUGCGAUGAGUGGGGCUCAACCGACUGCAAUGUGUGGGGCUCACCCGA